AUGUCUACAUUUGAUAGAUUUAAUAUUCAUGCCCAAUUGGAACAUUUGCAAAGCAAAUAUCAAGGAUCUGGACACGCAGACACAACUAGAUGGGAAUGGUUAACAAACAUUCACAGGGAUACAUUAGCAUCUCAUGUUGGUCAUUAUUCAAGGCUAGCUUAUUUUGCUAUUGCCGAAAACGAGCCUAUUGCUAAGAUACGUUAUCGUUGUCUCCAAAAUAUGUCACUCCCUAUAACCCCACGCCCCCCAAAAAACUAA